UGACGGAAGUGAAUGUGGGUUGCGGUGGGUUUAUUUCCGGUUUGAGCUGAUUAAAAAUGGCCGAGAAAAAGAAAGGAAAGGAUGAAGACACUUUUGAUGUCAUGGACCUGGCGGAGUACGCCAAGAAACAGAGGUGGUGGAACAGAGUUUUUGGCAACAACAACUCUGGGCCCAUUGCAGAGAAAUAUUCUGUGGCCACACAACUCGCGAUUGGUGGCGUGACCGGCUGGUGUGCAGGGUAUCUAUUCCAGAGGGUUGGGAAGCUGGCAGCUUCUGCAGUGGGUGGUGGUUUUUUCCUGCUUCAGAUCGCCAAUCACACAGGCUACAUCAAGGUGGACUGGAAGAGAGUGGAGCGGGACGUGAACAAGGCUAAAAAGCAGCUAAAGCUGAACGCGGAAAGGCCUCCCCCCGAAGUGCGGACGAAAGUGGAUGAGGUGCAGACAUUUAUCAAGAAGAACAUCGUGCUCACUGGAGGCUUUGCCGGAGGGUUCCUCCUUGGACUCGCCUCUUAGAGUUUUUCCUCUUUUUUUUUUCAGUGUAUGCAUCAUCUAAAGUUGGGUUUAGUGUUUUGGGUGUAAAAACCAGCAUCGCUGUAUCUUGUACCGAACUGUAAUCCAGAAGCUUAAAGGAUGACGAAGCCUUUUAAGAUAGAAGUUCAUAGGGUUGGUCUAAGGAAGCACUAGAACUGCUGUGAUUGACAGGUCACUGAGGAUCAUAUGUUGGAGCAUAUAUUGAUAUUUUAAUCAUUGUGUGGUUGUGUUUCACCCUAUGAAGGACCCUGUCCUGCUUUUUCAGGAUGGUGCCGGGCCUGGCGUUGUAGUACAAAAGAAUAUCGAAAAUAUGCACUGAAAGAAAACAAAUUAAAAUACCAGUUUAGCUCUGCUUUUUUCCCCCACACAUAUUAGACACAACGGAACACUCUUAUGUUCCCGAAAUAUUAUUCAAAAAUGGCUUCAUGUGAUGCUUAAAAUCAUAAGGAUGUUGAGAUCUAAAUGGGCCCUGUGUUGUUUUGUCGUAUGUGAAAUGCAGAGGGCAGGAACUGUGUUUGAUGGCACUAACCGCUGUGUCUUUCACCUCACCAGCAAAAUGAAUCUCGGCCAAACACUCCACUGUCUCUAUGACUGUGGCCUGAUUCUGAUAGAACUCUAUCUUAAAGUGGUUUAUUUUUCAGAAAUUGGAAUGAUUUUCCCAUAUCUGUUUAAAGCUGCAGUAAUUCAUUGAUUCCUCACACUUUGCUACUUUAAAAUAUUCACUAUAUACCUUUUUUUCAUUUGCUCACUCCCAAAUUUCAUCCUGAUCCUGCUGUCAGUCCUCUAACCAUCGUAUGCCUGGCUCUUAUCAUAUCAAAUGUUGCCUUCAUGAGACACGUUACAGCAGUGGCCUGUGUGUUUGGAAGUGAUUCUCAGGAUUGUGUUCUGGUUCAGUGUGGACUUAAGGGUGAAGGUGCCUCUGAUCGGAGCAUGUUGCAAUUAGCAGUAGAUUUUUGUUUUUUUAAUUAACAGAAAAUAGGCUCACGUUAAAGGACCCUCAUUUCCCUCACUUUCAGUUUGAGUGUAUACUGGUUUAUUAUAACCAAGUUUAAAUGCCGACGGUAGAAAAGCUUGUACCGAUGUUAUUUGUUUAAAAUAUGUAAGGAAAAGUCGGGCAGAGUCAUUCCCAUUGUAGAUUGUGCAGAAUCUAAACUGAAAUCUUUAUUUCAAUAUGAGGUUGCUCCAGUGAAAAAUAAAGUACACACAUAUUUAUAAAA